GAUGUUGUUGUGCCGAAUUGCACUAUAUAUAUAUACACACAGUGCAGAGAAAACAAGAGUAAAUUGAAAUGGGACUCAAAAAGACGACUUUUCACCAAAAUCAAAGAGGCUAAUCGUCUGUCGACCACAAACAUCUCAUCUCAAUCCAUCCAGCGGUUGAGAAAAUUCUGCCAGGACCAAAAGAGUGGAAGAGUGAAUUACAACGAUAAGCACACACGAUGCUUUUUAAGGUUCAUGUGCUGCGUAGGUAAUGGGAAACUUCAUUACAAGCUCACAGCAACAACAUAACAGUAAUGAAUCUUGUAGCUGACACAAACAUUUCCUCACAGUGUCGGCUGCCAUCUUUACCCGAGAGGGAAAUGUAUGUUCGUUUGAUUAAAGCAUAUGAAGUCAGGCCAUUAAAAGUCUUCUGUCAGAGCUUCGGUGAAAACUGUGAUGAAUAAUUAAAAGACAACGAUCAUUUUACUUGAGGUUAGUUUGCUGGGUUGCCAUGGUAGGAAAGCAUGUAUUAUUUACCGGCUGUGUGAGUGUGACUGCAGACAGCUUACAGGCUCUCAGUCAUUUAUAGAUCUGUUCAGGAUUAAACGAGGUAGUAAUCCAUGGGAAACAAACCAUUACGUCCGAGCCGCGUGUUUACCUCCGAAUGAGGAGCAGGGAGUUGGACUGCGGUGCUGUGGACCAUGUGACGUGGCAGAGGGUUUGCAAUGGAGGGGACAAUGCUGACGCCAGGGCAGGAGAAGCCACAGAAGCGGGUGAGGUUCCGCGUGGCUUCGGGGAACAGCGGUCGGGUCCUGAAGGAGAUGUUCAAGGAUGAGGGGCCUUCGGACUCCCUGGAUUCAGACUGCACCAGCAGCUCUGACGCCGAUCGAGCCAGCACCCCCUCCACAAGUGGGGAUGCACAGGGACACCUGUACGGAUACCUCGGCUCCGAGCUGGACGACAGCGAGACUGAGCCCGACGAGCUGCUCAUGUACGCAGGGGCCACGAAGGACUGGAUGUUCACCACCAAAAGGGUGAACAUACUCAGCAAAAAUGGGACCGUGAGAGGAGUCAAGCACAAAGUCAGCGCAGGUCAGACGCUGUUUGAAAACCUGCCCAAUUCCAACAGUGUGGCAUUAUCUCUUGAGUUUGGCCGGAUCGUGAUCUACACCACCAGCUUCCGUGUGGUGAGGACGACCUUUGAGCGCUGCGAGCUGGUCAGGAAGAUCUUCCAGAACCACAGGGUGAAGUUCGUGGAGAAGAACAUUGCCCUGGACAUCGAGUACGGGAAGGAGCUGGAGGAGCGCUGCAAACGCGUGGGAGAGCCUCCUUCGUUACCGGUGGUGUUCAUCGAUGGACACUACCUAGGGGGAGCUGAGAAAAUACUUGGCAUGAAUGAAUCAGGAGAGCUGCAAGAUCUUCUGACCAGAAUUGAGAGGGUACAGCUUCCCCAGACGUGCCAGACCUGCGGGGGCUUCGCCUUCAUCCCGUGCCCAAUGUGCCAUGGCAGCAAGAUGUCUGUGUUCCGCAACUGCUUCACGGAUUCCUUCAAAGCCCUCAAGUGCACUUCCUGCAACGAGAACGGCCUGCAGCCCUGUGUGAGCUGCAGCCAGUGACCAUGUUCGGUGCCUGAAGCAACAUGCACCGCUCCCUCCUCCAGGACCUCACACAGGAACCUGGACCGGACUGGACUGGACUGCACUACACAGGCAGCAAAACCACGACGCAGCAGGACUCGUCCUCCAUGGCCAUUGUUAGUAAAAGAAAAAGGGAAUUUGUAAUAAAAUCUGUGGUACUGUUGACAUGUUUAAUAUUGUUAUUCAUGAAUGUGUAAUUCUCUGCGUUUCCAAAGCAAAUAGCAUCAUGUUUCGUGCUCUAGGUUGUUGCAAAAUUUGUCUGGGCUCCGCCAGCAGGUCUGCAUGUCUGUCCACCCAGGACACCUGAACUAGUUUCCCCUCUGGUAAACCUAAGCUUGUUAGUUAAUUAGUCAGGAGGCUCCUUCAUUAUCAAUGCUCCCAUCACUAAUCUCAUAUCAGACAGAGUUGAGUAGAACAGAAGCUCAGGACAGAGAGUGAAAGUCAAAGGAUCAAUCUGUAGACGGCAGAAGGAACAGGUCAAUUUAAACAUUACAAGCUCUAGGCAAAGGUUUCUGAGGCUCGGACCCAAAUUCAUUCUGCAGCACAACGACGGCCACAUCUGUCACAAUGAACUUCUCUCUUCAUGUCCUCCUUUGAACUGGUGCUGUUUUCAAGGCAGCAUCGCUCAGCUGAUCCAUCAAACCUCAAACCUUGGCACAUUAGUGGAUGUUAGAGAGAGAGAAAAAAUGAAAGGCACACAUUUAAAUUAGAAAAAGUUACUUUAUGUAGUUGGCUGCAUAUAUACACGCACAAUAGCCUUUCAAACAGUGAACGCAGAGAGGCCUCUCAUUUGUACCAUAGCAGUGGAGUUAAGACCGAAACAACAAUUUUGACAACUGAUUUUCCAUGGUAGCCAGAAUUACAUGUCCCAACCUGCUUUUACCAAAUAAGACAAAAAGGACAGAGUGUGUGUUCAUUUUGGACAGAUCAUCCGCUUAAAAACAUUUAAUCAAGGUUCCGUUUUUACAGUUUUAGCAAAAAUGGGGAACUGGUUCAAAAUCUUUUUGGGAACACCUCCAGAAGUCUAGUUCAAUGACCCCUGGUGUUGUUUAGUGAGCAAAAAUGAUUCCAUGCCACUCUACUGUAAUGGUAACAGCCUAGAGGAGCACACACAAUGAAAUGUCUUGGUUGGAUGCGCUGGCUGCAAAAAGGAUUUAGGUUUUGCAAACCAAGGAGAACUCCGUGUGCUCCGGUUUCCUUGAACCAAAAGAAAAGCAAUGCGCUUCACUGACCGCAUGAGCGUCGAAGUUAAAGGAGAGAGGGACAAAUCACGCAGAUCCUCGCCGUUUUGUGCUUUUUACCGGAUGAUGUCACUUGCUGGCUGACAUCCACGGGGUCAGGGGGGACGCAGCGCAGGCAGCUCUCUAUGCUGUCAUAGCCCUGUACAAUGCUGCUUGAACAUGAUUAGACAAGGCAGCACUGUAAAGAGGCUAAAAGCGUAGAGCAGGGUGGUGGUGAUGAUGCUGAUGCUGAUGAGGAGGAGGAGGAGGAUGCCGAUCCGCCACGAAGACAUUUUCUUGCCAUCACUACCUGGUUUGUUCUAGAUGCUCCUGCACCUGUGAUUGAAACAGCAACCAAAUCGAUCGUUUCGGAGAUAAACAGUCAGCACGCGGUGCGUACAAGCAAAAACAUAGAAAUGAGUUUCGUUUCUCAUACAUGGGUAAUGAGAAGCGAUUACAUCGCCGCACAACACCCCCUUUUGUUUAAUUCAAUUCCGCGUUGAAGAUUAAUGGGGUUUGGGGCUUUUAUAACCACAGGCUUGUGGCGAUGGAGGGGAGGCUUCGUGAAAAUCUGAGACCCCAACUGUGCAGGUUUAGUGCGCCCCCAUCUGUGGGAUGCUGGCCAUGGAAUAAAAAAAAAAUGGAGAAUGUGGGAGAAGAAAAACAGGAUGCAUCGAAAAUAUUACAAAAACGCAGCUUAAUUUUUUAAAACGUUAACAAAAAAUAAUAUAAAAAAAAAUCCACAGUUAAAUGAAACUGAAAGCGACGACGUGAUGUGCAGAAGGCUGCGGGAGGACUGGAGAUGUAUGUGGCGAUCUCCAGACGUGACAGACGCGCCUCGAUGUUUCCUCUCUAAUAAUGAACCAAAUCAAUCGGAGGGGUUGAUUUCUUUAGUAAAAAAAAAAAUCAACGUGCACAAGCAAUACCCUUUCUUUCUCUCUUCGAAGAAGGGUAGACAUGAACGGGGACAGGAUGGGCAGUGGCAGCAACUGACUUGGGAAUGGUAUGACGAGACAUGACACUGAUAUGCGCGCAACACCCAAAAUGUGAAGACAACAUUCAAUGGUGGAGAAAAACCUGCAAUGGUUCAUCGUCCGCACUGUCUCCGCUCUCCGGGCUCGGUCGAAAAAAACAAAACAAACAAAAAUAUUAUUUCAGUCGAGUAGUCUAGCGUGGUCCGGCCGCGGUGCUGUGCGUAAUGUUUUGAAUGGUCGGUCAAUGCGCAGACUGGUUGGAAAUGACUGUUUUUAUUGACGUCAGCGUACAGGCUAGUGCCCCCCUCUCUCAUCCCCACAACUGCACCAUCUAAUGGACUCGGGUUUGCAUUCCAGUCAACCAUCUGAGCUCUGAACAGGAAACGGGCCUCAGACUCAAGACGGGAGGCUUUGAAAAUGCACAUUUUUACUGAACUGCGUUCAUGCGCGUAAAAGUGAUCCAAAACAGACAACAAAUGAAAUGAGUUCUUACCUGUCCAGAAGAGAAAGCCUUGGGCUACUGAAAGAAGCUUCUGAGAAGUUGAUGAUGCUCUACACAUAAUCAGACAGUAUUCAUGAGAUGUGAAGGCAACAUAAAAUAAAAUAAAAAAAAGCAUCCAAGACACUGACAGAAAAGCAAAAUAAUUUAAUAAAUUAUUUCAGUUUUAUUCCAAGUCCUUCAGCUGUGGCAACGUUGUUGUAACCAAAGGGGAAAAAAUGUUCACCUUCAAAAAAAUAUAUUUAUAUAUAUCCACCCUCUUAACAAAGAUGAAGUGGCUCUGGCCCACCUCCUGAAGCAGAGUAAGAUGUUGCAGCUGUGUGCUCACAGAAUGAAAAGCUCAGUCGCUGUUAUGCAGAUUAUACAGCAGAAACACAGAGUAGAUUAUUCAGCACACGCACUGUACACGGCGACAUUCCCCGAUGAUUGGAACUACAGUUUAGAGUUUAGAUAGCUGGACACUGAAUGGAGCGAAUCCAUUGGUUCGGUAUGUUUUCACAUCAUACACUGCUUAUUUACACACACACUGUCCUUCUUUAGCUUUGGAUCAAUACACUCGGACAACUGCAGAUCAGCU